AGGGAAGAGAAACUCACAGUCAAUAUCACUGAGAGCUGAAACAGAGAGGAGUUUAGCUAACCCAAGGAAACUUAUUUUAUUCCAUCUGUUUGGAUUUACUGAAGGAUCCGGUGACUAUUCCCUGUGGACACAGCUACUGUAUGAACUGUAUUAAACACCACUGGGAUGGAGAUCAGAGGAGAAUCUACAGCUGCCCUCAAAGCAGAAAAGAGUUUAUACCGAGAUCUAAUGUUUGGAAAAACUUCAUGGUUGGUGCCGCAUCUAAAGAAGGCUGAACUCUCAGCUGCUCCAGCUGAUCACUGCGUUACGAAACCUGAAGAUGUGGCCUGUGAUGUCUGUCCUGGGAGGAAGAUGAAAGCUGUCAAGUCCUACCUGGUCUGUUUAAUUACUUACUGUGAGAAUCAUCUUCAGACUCAUUAUCAAUUACCUGCUUUUAAGAAACACAAGCUGAUGAAUCCCUCCAAGACUCUCCAAGACAACAUCUGCUCUCGUCAUGAUGAGGUGAUGAAGAUCUUCUGUCGUACUGAUCAGCAGUGUAUCUGUUAUCUCUGCACAAUGGAUGAACAUAAAGGCCAUGAAACAGUCCCAGCUGCAGCAGAAAGAGCUGAGAAGCAGAAGAAGCUCCAGGAGAGUCGACAACAAAUCCAUCAGAGAAUCCAGGACCAAGAGAAAGAUGUGAAGCUGCUUCAACAGGAGGUGGAGGCCAUCAAUGUCUCUGCUGAUAAAGCAGUGGAGGACAUUGAGAAGAUCUUCACCCAGCUGAUCCGUCUCCUCCAGAAAAGAAGCUCUGAGGUGAAGCAGCAGAUCAGAUCCCAGCAGGAAACUGAAGUGAGUCGAGUCAAAGAUGUUCAGGAGAAGCUGGAGCAGGAGAUCACUGAGCUGAAGAGGAAAGAUGCUGAGCUGGAGCAGCUCUCACACACAGAGGAUCACACCCAGUUUCCCCUCAACUCCCCCUCACUGCCAGCACUCAGGGAGUCGACACACUCAUCCAGGGUCAAGAUCUGUCCUCUGAGACACUUUGAGGACGUGACAGCAGCUGUGACAGAGCUGAAAGAAAUUGUGCUGGACGUCCUGAGAGACACAUGGCCAAAAAUGGAACUGAAGAUCACUCAGGUGGAUGUUCUACUGUCUGGAAUAAAAAACAAAGAUGAAUUCUUAAAAUAUUUACAAGAAAUCACUCUGGAUUUAAACACAGCAAACAGAAAUCUGUUAUUAUCUGAGGGGAAUAGAAAAGUAACUUUUAUGAAACAACAGUCUUAUCCUGAUCAUCCAGACAGAUUUAUUGUUUAUAAUCAGGUCUUGAGCAGAGAGAGUCUGACUGGACGUUGUUACUGGGAGGUGGAGAUGAAAGGAGAGGGAAUUUAUGUAGCAGUUUCAUACAAGAACAUCAGCAGAGCAGGAAGUUCAAUGGAUGCUAUACUGGGAUUCAAUGACAAAUCAUGGUCAUUAUAUUUUGACAAAGGUUGUUACAAAUUCUGGCAUGACAGCGUUGAAACUCCAGUACCAGGUCCAGUUUCCUCCAGAAUAGGAGUGUACCUGGACCACAGAGCAGGUAUUCUGUCUUUCUACAGCGUCUCUGAAACCAUGACUCUGAUCCACAGAGUCCAGACCAGAUUCACUCAGCCUCUGUAUGUUGGGGUUGGGCUUUCUGAAGGAUCCUCUGCUGAGUUUAUUAAACCUAAAUAGUCAGUAGUGAUCUGAGGUUCAGUUGGUCAAAAUGUAUAUUUUAGUUUCAAUUUCUUCAGUCUCCAUUGUUGUUUACUGAGAACUUGUCAUUUCUGCUCAGAGAUCAGCUUGGUUUAUGGAGCUACUUUGUCAGCUUGUUUGUAGUAUUGUUGAUGUUGGAGUUUGUUUGGAUCCUGUGACUCAAGUUUCUGUUCACUCAUGGAGGCUCUCACGUAAAAUAAUUUUAUAUUCAUGUAUUGCUUUGUCUGAAUAAA